CUCUACCUUCGUUCUCCAUCACUCAUUCCCUGCCUUAGAAACCAAAAUGGCUCAGAUCAUUGUACCCAGCAACAUAUUUCUAACCCUUAUUAUUGUAGCUGCAGCUGCAGCUGGGUAUGUGGAGGCACAAAGCCCGAGCACUAGCGACGUGUCGGUGGCGGAUAUCGUCACGCCCAAAUUCUUCAACGGCAUAAUUGACCAGGCCGACGCAAGCUGUGUCGGCAAGAACUUUUAUUCCCGAGCUACCUUUCUUGAGGCUCUCAAGUCUUAUGAUCAGUUCGGUAAGAUUGGUUCCAUUGAUGACUCUAAGCGUGAGAUUGCUGCCUUCUUUGCCCAUGUCACCCAUGAGACUUUUCAUUUCUGCUACAUAGAAGAGAUAGAUGGACCCUCAAAGGACUACUGUGAUGAGAGCAACACACAAUAUCCAUGCAAGCCAAACAAGGGCUACUACGGUCGUGGACCCAUCCAACUAUCAUGGAACUUCAACUAUGGCCCAGCAGGAGAGAACAUUGGCUUUGACGGAUUAAACUCUCCUGAAACCGUUGCCAAUGACCCCAUCAUCGCCUUCAAGACGGCAUUGUGGUAUUGGAUGACCCACGUCCGACCGGUCAUCGGAGAAGGUUUCGGUGCAACAAUACGAGCCAUUAAUGGUGCCCUUGAAUGUGAUGGUGGAAACCCUGCUACUGUUCAGAAACGUGUUGAGUAUUUCACUGAAUAUUGCAACCAACUUGGUAUUGCUCCCGGGGACAAUCUCACUUGCUAGGAGACAUCUCAAUUUACUCGCUAAGCUAGAAACGUUCAUUUCCUUCGAUUGUUGUUAUAUUGUUUAAUAAAAAUUAUGUAUCAGACAUAUAAAAUAAAAUAAAUACUACGAAUUCUAUUAAAAA